AUGCUGCUAUGCACCAAUUUGUGCUUCAAACGUCUCGAUCAGUAUUCGGCCAAAGUCACACAGGAAAUCAACAAUAACGAUGCAGAAUCGAGCGAAAUGAGUAGGUGGUCGGCUGGCUCCACGCCGGGGAGUGUAAAGCCGGUGUAUGGCGCCCGCUAUCCACCAUUACACCAAUCGGUCACCCAAAGCCCCACGAAGAGCGGCGAAACGGCGCACAGGCAUAAUAAAUUUCAAGAUUAUGAGAAUAGUGUUAGCGAUGCUUGGGACACUCGUGUGAAGGUUGACGAGACAUUAGCUUCAGCGUCGGCGGCGAAAGUGCUAGCGGCUCACGCGGCCGGAAAAAAUCGAGACGAGGAAAUCAUGCCGCCGGUGAACUCGGCGCCGACGAAGAACAGCCGACAGUUGGCGCUUCAGCGGCUCGCGAUUCAGAAGGAGCCGCUGCCGACGUCGAUGUCGACGACGCCGCAAACCGCCAAUCCGAUCUAUCCGAAAUUGCCGGAGAUUUCCGAUCAGCCGAGAUCGGCGGCGCCGGCGGUUAGCGCGCCACCGCAUGGCGGCGAUCGCGAUCAGACGCGUUUUGCGCGCCUCCGUCGCCUCUUCUCGAAUGGCAAAUCGAGCGGACGAAGCUCGCCGUCGGUCGACGUUGAUCUCGACAAAUUGCGCGAAGACUGCUGGAUGGGAAUACCGCACAAAUUGCGACCGCAGGCGUGGCGUUUGCUAUCGGGCUAUUUGCCGACGAACGCCGACCGACGCGAGGUGACACUUCAAUGCAAACGCGACGAAUAUUGGCAUUAUGUCGAACAGUAUUUCCAUUCGAGAUUCGAUGAUCAAAACGCGGAGACGUUUCGACAAAUUAACAUUGAUAUACCAAGAAUGUGUCCGCUGAUUCCACUAUUCCAACAGAAAAUGGUCCAAGAGAUGUUCGAACGAAUUCUGUACAUUUGGGCGAUUCGACAUCCGGCGAGCGGCUACGUUCAGGGCAUCAACGAUCUCGUCACGCCGUUCUUCGUCGUGUUCCUGUCGGAGUUCAUUCCGCAAGACGUCGAAGUCGGCUCGUUCGACGUCUCCCAAUUGCCGCUCGAACAAUGCCAAUUGAUCGAGGCGGACUCGUUCUGGUGUGUUUCGUCGCUUCUCGAUUCGAUUCAGGACAACUACACGUUCGCGCAGCCCGGAAUUCAGCGGAAGGUGCUUCGACUCAGACAUCUGAUGAGUCGCGUUGACAGACCACUCCACAAACACCUCGAGUCGAAUGGCGUUGAAUAUUUACAAUUCGCGUUCCGCUGGAUGAACAACAUUCUGAUGAGAGAGAUCCCAUUGCGAGCCACCAUUCGACUAUGGGACACUUAUUUGAGCGAACCCGACGGCUUCUCGCAAUUCCAUAAUUAUGUGUGUGCGGCAUUCCUGCGCACGUGGUCGAAACAAUUGCAGAGUGAAAAGGAUUUUCAGGGCAUCAUGAUUCUCCUCCAAAAUUUGCCGACACAAUCGUGGGGCGAUCGUGAGAUCUGCGAGCUGACGGCCGACGCGUAUUCGCUUCAAUCGGUGUUCGACGGAGCGCGACAGCAUCUGUCGACUCAGUCGGCAUCGCCAUAA